AGGACCGUCGUCAAGUGAACGACCCACCUUCGUAUGGAGAGUGGUACUGGUUCAGAGAGCCACUCUUCAUGAGACACAAACAGAAGAAGUUCGAAAUUACUAAGAAAUCCAUAGAAACCUUUUUGCAACAGGGAAACAAUUGGAGCCGUUUUUGGGAAACUAGCCAGGGCAAGGCCAACUUUAUGAACAAUAUGGCAGAUAUGUCAGAUUAUGACUGGGGAAACAAACAGAACAUUGUUAUCCAACCAUAUAGAGACGAAGAGUCCAAUUUCUUUCACGGGAGUGGCGGGCUAUUGAGGUUGCAGGAGCAGAGGGAUCGCAAAGUGGAUAAAAAAAGGAUAAUAGUCGUGGGAGACUGCAUGAUCGAGCAUCUAAUCUCCCUUAUGGCCAUCAUAGAUUUUCAAGAAUCAAGCCAUAUAGGUGAAUUUCUCUCCCGGCUGCGUCUCAUGGACCCUCACGAGAUGAGAUUUUCAGAGCAGGUAUGUCAAUCCGCCUACCCCUUCCACAAAAUUCCCCUACAAUGACUAACAUCUUUGAAGACAAUCAUGCCAGAAAAUCUCUGGAUUACAGAAUUUAACAUCAAUUUCAUCACAGCUCCGUCUCGCGCUGAUGCGGAGUCGCCCCCCCUGCCAAACUACUUUCCGAGGAGACGUGCAAAGUUCCUGAGUAUGAACAACGUUGCGCCUGCCCGCAUCAUGGCAGAGGCCGCCAUGGGCUUUCGAAUUAUCGGUGACCUGCAUGACCGGUACUGGACCUGCUAUGUGUUUUAUGACUUCGGAAACCCAGAGCUCAAGUCGGAUGCUAGGACUCAAGUCAGACAGGGGGGUUAUGGUAACUCUCCGAGUCAGCGAAAGUGCCUCGAGGGGUUUCUCGUGUGUCAGGCUCUCGAUCUGGUACUCUCGGAGACCAAGACUAUCCUAGAUACUAUCACUAAAUCUAUGGGGGAGGACAAAAAAUCGCAAGCACUUUUUAACCUAUUACUCACGGAAGAUGACCUCAGAGGGGAGAACUAUUUCAAAACCAUGAACAAGAAUAGUGUAUUCUAUCCUUGGCUACUUGAAGUUUGUGGUGCUCUGCAGGAUAAGUGUAGUAAGAGCCGUCGUGUUGCGGAGCAGUGGUUAUCAGCAGAAAAGACACGCGAAUACCAGCCUCGGUGGUCCGAAAAGGACCAAAAGAUCUUCGGAGAGGAGGUUGCUCAGAACCGAGCGGAUGUGGAGGCGCGCUGUGCUAUGCUCGAGAAAAUGGAGAACAACCUGAAGGAGCGGAGCGACUGGAUUAAGACUCUUAAGGAAUCUCUGUCUAGUGAGCUAGAACUUCGAGAAGCGAGAACCUCUACACAGCUCGGACACACGGUGAACCUUUUUGCUGUUGUUACAACUAUUUAUCUGCCCUUAACAUUUUCUACCAGUAUCGUGGCUAUUCAGGAUUUUAAUUGGCCAUCUCCUUCAAAAGCUCUGAUCAAGAUCGCGCUCCCCGUCACCUUCGGUACCCUAAUCCUCCUUAUGAAUCUCGCCUUCCUCCGCCGUAACCUCGCAGCCCUGAAAGCCUGGGCUCAGCUCUCAAUCCGCCGGAGAAUGGCCGGAGCUCCCGAGCCUAAAAGCUCUAAUAAAGAGCCCACCUACCAAGAAGAGCGGCCGGCCUGGAAGUGCUGGGAAGAGCGGGCCCACGGCCUCCGCGAAGCGGAGAAACGCAGCACGCUACUCACGAACAAUGAUAUUUACGACAACGGAAGCGACUGGUGGUACUGGUACUUUAUGGCGAUAUUCAUCAUCAUCGUGGUUCCCGUACAAGAGCUAACCUUCAUAAUCCGUACGCUCCGGCUGCAGAAGAUCAAAAGGGCUGGACCCCUGAAAAAGUUUGUGAGGGUUCCCUUGGCCCCCAUAUGGGUUCUGCAGCUGGCGUUUGUGUACGUGAUCAUGCUCGCUGGCUAUGCCUUCCUCUCAUUGGUAGGAUUGGUUCAUCGCACGGCAGUCUGGUUGUGGACUGGGGAUGACAUUGUCGAAGAUAAGAAGGACGCGCCGUAUGAGGUUGAGAAGAGUUUCAUCUCGCAGCUGGAGGGGGAUAAAGAGAUCUUGAGGACCAAGCCGGAUUGUACGCAGAAAGGUAGAGGGUUGGUUGGUUGGUUGAUGAAACCGGCGAAGACUAUGCAGCUCCUAAUCGUUGUAGAGGCACUCCGGUCCAAGAAGGAAAAGGAAUUUGAUGCGGAGGAACAAGGGAUCACUGUGGCAGCUAUGAAGGCCCUUCACUCUACUUAAGAAAUGGGUAGUUGGAAGACGGGAUGUGGGAGGGGCUAAGUGCCCCGGUUUGUUAUAGUGGUAAGAGGGCCGCCCGUAUCAUUUCCCCGGGGCGGGAGCGGUUGUUGGGCUUAUUUUUGUGGAUUAGUUGGGUAUUCUGCAUGAUAAAUUAUUUCUACGCACACGCACAGUAUCCUUUUUUUUCUUUCAGCUUACUAUUUGUUUCUGGGAGAUGCCUGUGCAUGUUGAACUUAGUGCUUUUCCGCCAUACAAUCUAGUAUCAUUCCUAUGCAACAUGCUCCUUACACUGCUUUCAUUUUCUCGUCUAUUUGUCAGUUCAUUCUCAACAUUCCAUACCUUACUCAACUAUGGUAUGUCUCCUUUUUACUUCAUAUUCAUUCCUCUUAUUUCUUUUGCCUUUUUCUUCUUCGCCUCUCAGAUCAUGUUGCCAAUUUUUGCCUUUUAUUUUGUCUUCUCUUUAUGUUUUUUUUCUUCCUCCCGGAUUGAGGAUAUAAACCCGUGAGAGUCCAUGUAGUCAAAAAUCAAGCUUCACUCCGUUUCUCUUAAA